AUGUUCGCUUCCAUGUCUCCGCCGAAUCCCAGGAAGCGGGCGGCCCCAGGCGCAAUACCUGCAGUUCAAAUCCCGACGACCGUGCAGCAGUACCAAUCGCCCUACGCCACCCCACUGGAUCAGGUUUCACGCUGGAACGGCGCCGAAGUCUAUGCCACUGACCCGAUCACACCGGGUCCAAAGAACAUACCGCAAUUCAACAUGACCGAGCCGCACUCCCCAUAUCCCAACGCCACCACUCAUCAGCCAUACCAGCACCCGACCAUUACGACGCCUGGGCCGACAAAUGUCAUUGCCCGACGACCUGCGGGCUCCAGCCGCGCCCUCGUCACCCGCCAGCAGUACGAUGGCCUCUCGACAGACUCGUGGCCUUCAUUCGGCGACGAGACCGCGCUGAUGCCUGCCAGUGGCGUCGUCAACCCCCUCGAUGAGAACGACAACAUUGCGCUGCUGGAGGAGCGGGCCGCAAGAGCGAAGAGAGAAGCCCAGGCCAACAGGAAGCAGAUCCCACCAUUUGUUCAGAAACUUGGCAGCUUCCUCAACGAGGAGAAGAACACGGAUCUCAUCCGAUGGUCGCAGAAGGGAGACUCGUUCAUAGUCUUGGACGAGGAUGAGUUCGCCAAGACUCUAAUCCCCGAGCUUUUCAAGCACAACAACUACGCCUCGUUCGUCAGGCAGCUCAAUAUGUACGGCUUCCACAAGCGCGUGGGUCUCUCGGACAAUUCGAUGAAGGCGAGCGAACGAAAGAACAAGAGCCCGAGCGAGUACUACAACCCUUACUUCAAGCGCGGUCAUCCUAAUCUUCUCUGGCUUAUCAACAAGCCCAAGAGCGGCAACUCUAAGAAGAGAAAUGCCAAGAACAACGACGGUGCAGAGGCCGAGAGUGAUGAGGACACAACACCCACCGUCGAGGACAUCAACGGCGCUGGCUAUGUAGGGGCUGCGCAGAACUCCUCGAGGAAUGGAGGCACCGCGCAGGGCGACCCGGGAUCGCAGGCUUUGCAGAAGAAGGACUUCCAAGUGGUCAAGGAACAACUGAACCAGCUACAAAACCAGCAAAGGGCAAUAUCAAACAUGAUACAGAGACUCCGUAACGACCACACGGCACUAUACAAUCAGGCGCUGGCAUUCCAAAAUAUGCACGAGCGCCACGAAAACUCCAUCAAUGCCAUCCUCAAUUUCCUCGCAAACGUUUUUCGCAAGUCACUAGAGGAACAAGGUGGAAACAGUAACCACACGAUGCAGGACCUGUUGGCUAGCAUCAUACCUAAUGGUGGGAGUGGCAGCCAGAUGCAUCAAGGCAGCGUCGUGGACUUGGGGGAGUUUGUGCAGCAGCAACCAGUUGAUCACUCCAACGUUGCCGACAACACUCCCAAGCGGGGUCAGCGCUUGUUGCUUCCAUCUCGCGGCGGUAGGGGUUCGGCUACCACUACAGGGGCCAAGUCGCCCUCUGGAAAUUAUCCAGCUUCGCCUCGUGGUCAGAUGGGAUCCGUCACCGAGUUGUUUGACAACUCGCCAAAUGACGGCACAUCACCACCAGACUACCUCAGCAACGACCUGGGCCAAAGCCCCCAGCAGAUGAUGAGGAUUAUCGAUGCUACCAAUGCCGCAGGGGCAUCCGCCGACAUUGAUCUGCCCGACAUUGCAGCCAAAACUCCCGUCACUCUCAGCAGCGACCAACGCAACCAGAUGUUAAAUCUCAUGGCCAGCCAGGCCACGGCGCCGCCUUCUACUUCGUCUAUCCCUGCAACAGCAAGCCCAAUGCCAGCCACGACUGCUGCUACAUCACCCCAAUCUAUCCCUGCCGUGUUGCAGCAGCAGCGACAGCAGCAGCAGCAGAAGCAGCAGCAGAGAGCAACUCCACCGCCUGCCCCGAAUCAGACAGCAUCUGGACUGGUGUCAUCGCCCGCCAACUCAGGCCUUGGAGCUUCUCCACCCAGAUCACUCUCGCCCCUCAUGUCGUCCAUGCCUCCCCCACCGUCUCUUCAUGAUAUCUCCAUGACGCAAGAAGAGCUUGACAGCCUGCAGCGCUUGCAAGAAGACCAGAGGCACAAGAUUGACGAAAUAUCUCAAUUCUUGGCCCCCCUCUCACCUUCAGGACGAGUGCCUGGUGUCGAUGACGCUGGCAACGCAACAACCGUCUCCCCUGGAGCAACCGGCAGCUAUUUCCCGGACAUGACAGACAACAUGGACAUCGAGCAGUUUUUGGAUUCGAGCGCAUUCGGGACUUUCGACGCAAGCGGCACUGGGGGCUCUGCAGAUGACUUUAACUUCAGUCUUGACGCUAACUACGACGGGUCUACCCCAGUUGCUGCAUUUCCAUUGGGAGCGCCCAUCACCGAGUCCCACAGCAACACACCCAGCUCCGCGGCGACGGAAGAAUAUGUCAUAAAGAAAGAUUUUACAGAGAAUGACGGCUCCCGCACAGGUCCAGAUGCGAAACGGAGGCGAAUGGGUUGA